UGUUUUUUUUUUUUUAUAUAAGUAUAUUAGCAGUGAAUUUUUUAUAUAUUACAAUAUUUUUUAUCAUCAUUGUAGGCUGUAAAAGUGCUGUGUGUGCCUUAAAUUGCUCUGUCAUUGAGAAUUUUUAAAUAAUUGUAAUUUUAAAUUAUAUUUUUUUAAUAAAAAAUAAAAAUCAUGUUGAAAAAUACAGGAAAACUUGCUGGUAAAACAAUAUUUAUAACUGGGGCAUCACGAGGAAUUGGCAAAAGUAUUGCAUUAAAAGCAGCAAAAGAUGGUGCUAAUAUUGUAAUAUGUGCAAAAACAACAGAACCACAUCCAAAAUUACCAGGUACAAUAUUUACAGCAGCAAAAGAAAUUGAAGAUAUUGGUGGUAAAGCAUUACCAUGUACUGUUGAUGUACGUGAUGAAGGACAAGUUAAUGCAGCUGUUAAUCAAGCUGUUAAAAAAUUUGGUGGAAUUGAUAUAUUAAUAAAUAAUGCAAGUGCAAUAUCAUUAACACCAACAUUAAAAACUGAUAUGAAAAGAUAUGAUUUAAUGAAUGGUGUCAAUGCAAGAGGUACAUUUUUAGUAUCAAAAGCAUGUUUACCAUUUUUACAAAAAAGUAUUAAUCCACAUAUUGUUAAUAUAAGUCCACCACUUAAUUUAAAUCCAAUGUGGUUUAAAAAUCAUGUUGCAUAUACAAUGGCUAAAUAUGGUAUGUCAAUGUGUGUAUUGGGUAUGUCUGAAGAAUUUAAAGAUGAUGGUAUUGCUGUUAAUGCUGUAUGGCCAAAAACAGCAAUUCAUACUGCUGCUAUUGAAAUGUUAAGUGGUCCAGAUAGUGCUGAUGUUAGUAGAAAACCAGAUAUAGUGUCUGAUGCUGUUUAUGCUUUGAUUUGUAAAGACAGUAAAAAAGUAACUGGUAAAUUUUUCAUUGAUGAAGAAAUACUUAAGGAAGAAGGAAUAACUGAUUUUAUUCCAUAUGCUUGUAAUCCUGAAAAAGUUAAUGAUUUAAUGCUUGAUUUUUUCCUUGAUGUUGAGGAUUCAGAACAACUUAUUCAAUUAAAAGAUGACAAGAAAUCAUCUACUGAUUCUAAAUCAGAUAUUGAAAAUAUUUUUAAAGCAAUUAAAGCAAAUAUAUCACCUGAACUUGUCAAAAAAACAGCAGCUGUUUAUCAAUUUAAUUUAACUGGUGAUGAAUCUGGUACUUGGUUUAUUGAUUUAAAAAAUGGAAAUGGUUCAUUUGGCAAAGGACAACCAAGUCAAUCACCUGAUGCUACAUUGACAAUGGAUUCAAAAAAUUUCUUUGGAAUGUUUACUGGUAAAUUAAAACCAUCAACAGCAUUUAUGAUGGGUAAAUUAAAAAUUGAUGGUAAUUUACAAACUGCAAUGAAACUUGAAAAACUUAUGAGUAGUUUAAAAUCAAAAUUGUAAUUAAUUGUUAUUUUUUAACAUAAUUUUUUGUUUUUUGAUUAUCAUUUUAUAACAAUUUAUUGAGCGUUUAUUCAACUGCAAAUUCAUCUACAAUAUUUUAUAGUUUUAUAAUAAUAAUUGUUAAUGGGAAAUAUAUAUAUAUAUCUAUAUUUUUUAUGGGAAAAAAACCUAUUAUUUGUAUUAUGACAUUUUUUUUUUUUCUUAGUAUAUAAGUUUAUGUAUAAAUUAAACAAAAAAAAAUUAUGGAAGCCAGUUAAUCGUAUACCUAUUGCCAUUAGUUAAAAAUCAGAGUAUAAUAUUUUUGAUUAUAAUUGUUGUAUAAAAAACCAACAGUUAAAAAUUUAAUUAUUUUUUUUUUUUUUUGUUUUCUUUUUUCUACAAAAAAUAGAUAUUGCAAUUUUAUUGCAUUUAAAUACAAUAAUAUCUCAUGUAUGAUUCCUCCAUGUCAGUUUAAAAAAAAAAAAAAAUACUGACUUUCAUUAUUAAUAAUAUCAUGAUUGUUUUUUUUUUUUUUUUUUCCCUAAUGUAUAUGUUUAAAAAUUUGACGUGACUAUGAUUUUAAUUUUUAAUUAUAUUUAAAAAAAAAUCAUUUAUGUCAUUGGAUUAUUUUUUUUAAAUUCGGUUAAAAUCAUUUACAAAUUAAAAAAAAAAAAAAAAGAGUAAAAGAAAUUUGUAAGAAAAAAAAAAAAAAAAAAAUGUUUUUAUAAUUAUUUUUUU